UUUCCGUGAAUCCCCAAAGAGGCUCGUGGAACCUGAGAUCUCGAAAGCCGCACGGUUCCUCAGCACAAUGCUGUGAUGCUUUAAGCCGGGAUUCCUUUUAAUUGCUGCCUUCCCGGAUUUCCUGGACAUGGCGGAUGGUCCCGAGAAGUACUGAAUGCUGACACCUCCCACCAUGAGUUCUCUCGUCGUCAACGCUACCCUAGCCACCCUCCGGGCAAACAGAGAUCCAUCUGCUUCCCGAGCAGGCAUCAACACAUCACAGAAUUCGCAUGUCAACCUCACCACGGGCUAUGGCGACUCUGAAGAGUUCGUCCCAUAUGAGCAACGGCUGGAGACGUAUGUUGUUCCAACGCUGUUCGCAUUGAUAUUUAUCGUCGGGCUCCUGGGAAACGGAACGCUUAUUCUCGUAUUUAUCAGAAACAGGACAAUGCGAAGCGUUCCCAACAUCUACAUAAUGAGCUUAUCAAUUGGCGAUUUUAUAGUAAUCGCUGGAACGGUGCCUUUCAUCAGUACCAUCUAUGUGCUAGAUUCGUGGCCCUACGGACUGUUUCUUUGUAAACUCAGCGAGUUUCUCCGAGAUGUCUCCAUUGGUGUGACUGUACUGACGCUUACGGUCCUCAGCAUUGAUAGGUACGUGGCCAUUGCCAUGCCACUGCUUAAUCACAAAGGAAGACGACAUACUAGAAGAACGGUCACAAUCCUUCUAGCCAUUUCUGUGUGGAUUGUGGCCAUUUUAAUGGCGAUUCCAGGGACCCACUAUUCGUUUGUCAUGCAAGUGCAGGCGACGCCCAACUUGCAUUACAGUGUUUGCUACCCCUUCCCGCCGGAAAUGUGGCCCUGGUAUCCCAAGCUCAUGGUCCUUCUGAAGUUCCUCAUACAGUACGCUAUUCCACUGGUCAUCAUUGGCACCUUCUAUUGCCUGAUGGCCCGACAGCUUAUUCGGACAUCGAGGGCUCACCUGUCGCAAACAAGCUGCGGUGGCGUUGCACAUCUGAAGCAGAUGAAGGCUCGAGUGAAGGUCGCAAAGAUUGCCCUUGCGUUCGUGCUUCUCUUCGCAGUCUGCUUUUUUCCCAACCACGUAUUCAUGAUGUGGUACUACUUCGCUCCAAACGCGCCGUCCCAGUACAACAGCUUCUGGCACGUGUGGAAAAUCAUGGGAUACGUAAUGACCUUCGUCAACUCCUGCUUGAACCCUGUGGCAUUGUACCUGGUUAGCGGUGUGUUCAGAAACCAUUUCAAGCACUAUCUUUUUUGUGGGCGGCAUCCCAAUGUGCACGCAAGACACAACUCGUAUUCCUUCAGGACCAUUCACAGCUCCAGCAUGUCCAAGUGCACCGCAUCUACCAAGAUUUGACGUUUGACUUUCCUCCAUCGGAGGCUACACCCACGUGUAUCGAACAAAGCGACGCCUGUGCCAACAGACAGGGUGUAGUUAGACGUAAUUGAGAUAGGACGUCGCUUCCACGGCAGUGCUCUACGGUGUGACGCAUUCUUCGUUCUGUGAACGGAAUUACUUCGUCGGUGUGUUCCCAUCGCCGCAGAAAGCUUCUUCAUCGCUGCACAGUGAUGAACUGCGAGUUUCUUUCAGGUGGCCAAAGCCAGGUGAAUAUGAUUGAGCAUAGUAAAAAUAGUUUCAACGAAGCUCAAAGUUAAGGUUUCUGGUAGGCGAAUCUCAACUACUACUGAAAUGAAACGAGGAAAAAUAUUUUAUUACAUACUAUUGGUAUAUAUAGCGUGUAUUCUGUAAACUCAGGUAAAAAAAAAAAACGUGAGUGUUAGCAUCCAUGGGCAUCCAAGACACCUAGAUCGGUUUUGAACAGUGCCACUAUGCUAUCAACGACAAGAACAUCUUUGUGUUGUCUUUCCUUGUGUGGUAAAGAUUGUACUUACGGAUCGCGAGUAAUAUGGCAGCGUGAACUCGUAUACCUUAACAACUAGAUACCGUUCGUGGAGUCCGGAAUGUAUGUCGCAUUUGAUUCAUGCGAUAAUAUUUAUACGACUUCAUAAUUUUUGUAGGUGUUAAUUUAUGUCACAAAUUUAGAUGUAUCGCACUAUUUCAUGAUAUCGCUAGAGCCUGCAUAGCCCUACCGGCGUGUGGGGAAGCGAUAUUAAUACGCAAAAGCGCGUUAGACAAACCCAGAACAUUGUUGUAUUAUUGACUUAAAACUAACUUUGGCACCUAUUUGAGUUAUGUAAAUAAACCAUAGGGCCACGCAAACCACCGGAAGUUUGUUAAUCAACCUGUGGGAGGCUAAGAAAGAACAUUUCUGAAAUUAGGGAUCUGAAGAGUGCGAGUAUGUUUGAUGAUGUUGCACAAAGUUAGUCAUAAAUAUCGAGCACCCUUACUUUUGAUUACAGUUGUUCCCAUGUAUUGUCUUCACUGAGAUCAAGCAUUGCAAACCAGUGAUUCAUAUCAUCGACGGUUUAUGUCAUACAGUAUCGUUUUUACCGAUCUCUAAAGUGUUUUGGGGGAGCAUGAAAUGUUCGGGAUUUCAAUACGCCUGGCUUGUCUUUUCUCUUACGUGUA